CAGCGUCUGCGUCUUCGUCGUCACCUGGUGGUACAUGGACGCCGGGAUGCUGAGCCCGCAGGGGCUUUUCGGGACGGCCCUGGUCUCCUCCCUGCUCGGCUACGUCCUCUUCGAUGCCGUGGACAGCGGGGCCGGGCGGCGGGAGAGCGGGCGGACGCGUUGGGCCGACCUGAAGAGCACGUUGGUGUUCGCCGCCUUCACCUACGGUUUCUCACCGGUCCUGAAGACCCUGACAGAGUCCAUCAGCACGGACACCAUCUACGCCAUGUCGGCCCUCAUGCUCCUCGGCCACCUCAUCUUCUUUGACUACGGCGCCAACGCCGCCAUCGUCUCCAGCACGCUGUCCCUCAACAUGGCCAUCUUUGCCUCAGUGUGCCUGGCCUCCCGCCUGCCUCGCUCCCUCCACGCCUUCGUUAUGGUCACCUUCGCCAUGCAGAUCUUUGCCCUCUGGCCCAUGCUGCAGAAGAAACUGAAAGCCCAGACACCCCGAUGCUAUGUCGGGGUGACGGUGCUCUUUGCGCUGGUGGCGCUGGCAGGGCUGGCCACCAUCUCCAGCGUGGGCGCCGUGCUCUUCGCCUCACUGCUGCUUGCCAUCUCCUGCCUCUGCCCUUACUGCCUCAUCCGCCUUCAGCUGCUCAAGGACAACAUCCACGGGCCAUGGGAUGAGGCUGAAAUCAAGGAGGACCUCUCCAGGUUCCUCAUGUAGGCUUGGCCUGGGGGGGGCCUCUGCUGUGAGCAGCACAAAGGCCCUUGCCAGGGGACAGCCCUGGGGGAACGUGACCAGCCCAAUAAAGCCCCUCGCACAGCAGC